GAAGGAAAAUGCUUAAUGGCAAAUGAGCUGUGUUUGGUUUUCAUACGAAGGAAAAGCCUGUGGAGAUAGUAAUGCAUUUUGCUAAAGCUGCAGGGCCUGCAACAAGUGGAAUGCAUAUGGAAAUACCAAAGACAAAUCCAGAGUCUCCUUUGGUGGAGAAUAGUCCACCGAUUGCAGCUAGGAGAAGAUAUAGAGGCGGCGACAAGAAGUUGAGUACUUAUGAUUUGGUUGAGCAGAUGCAUUACUUGUAUGUGAAUGUGGUUAGGGCAAAAAAUCUUCCUGUAAUGGAUGUUUCAGGGAGUCUUAACCCUUUUGUGGAAAUGAAGCUUGGGAACUACAAAGGUGUCACCAAAGACUCGGAGCAGAAUCAGAAGGGGGUAUGGAAGCAAAUUUUUGCUUUCUCAAAAGAGAGAUUGCAGUCAAAUUUGUUGGAAGUUACUGUGAAAAUUAAGAAUUCUGGGGAGGAUGAGUUAAUUGUGGGCAGAGUUCUUUUUGAUCUAUCAGAAGUUGCCAUUCGAGUUCCACCGGAUAGGCCAUUGGCUCCUAAAUGGUAUAAAUUGGAAGACAAUAAGAGAGUUAAAACAAAAGGUGAAAUUAGGCUGGCAGUCUGGAUGGGAACACAAGCUGAUGAGUCAUUUCCUGAGGCAUGGCACUCUGAUGCACACAGCACUGGUCAGUCAAAUUUAUCUACCACCAGAUCCAAGGUUUACUUUUCUCCCAAGCUUUAUUAUCUUCGAGUUAAUGUCUUGGAAGCACAGGAUCUUGUGGCAUCUGACAAAGGGCGAACCCCGGAUGCAUCUGUAAGAAUUCAACUCGGAAAUCAGGUCAGGGUUACUAGGCCAAAGCGGACGCGAAAUCCAAUAUGGAAAGAGGAGCUUAUUUAUGUGGCAUCUGAGCCUUUGGAGGAUCUGAUUAUUGUGUCUGUUGAGGAUGGAGUUGGAGCUGGGAAGGAUGAAAUUUUAGGAAUGGCACACAUUCAAGUUAGCGAUGUCCCAUCAAGACAUGAGACCAGUAAGUUGCCAGAUCCUCGAUGGUUAGAUCUCCAAAAACCUGCAUUGGCUGAAGAAGGAGGUGAGACGAAGAAAGAAAAAUUCUCAAGCAAGAUUCUGGUUGGAUUCUGCUUAGAACAAGGUUACCAUGUCCUUGAUGAAUCCACUAGUAUGAGCAGUGAUUUUCAGCAAUCUUCAAAUCACCUGAGAAAGUCUAACAUUGGAAUUCUUGAUCUUGGGAUUUUGAGUGCAAGAAAUUUGCUGCCUAUGAAGAGCAAAGAUGAUGGAACUACUGAUGCAUAUUGUGUGGCAAAGUAUGGCAACAAAUGGGUCCGAACUAGAACACUCCUUGACACUCUGACUCCUCGAUGGAACGAGCAGUAUACCUGGGAAGUGUAUGAUCCUUGCACAGUGAUCAAAGUUGGUGUCUUUGAUAAUAGCCACAUUGAUGGAAGCAAAGAUGAUGCAAAAGAUCAGAGAAUUGGAAGGGUGAGAAUUCGUUUAUCAACUUUAAAAACUGAUCGUAUAUACACACAUUACUAUCCUUUGCUGGUACUCACACCCUCUGGUUUGAAGAAACUUGGGGAACUUCAAUUGGCAUUGAGGUUUACAUGUACAGCUUGGGUAAACAUGGUGACGCAAUAUGGAAAACCAUUGUUUCCCAAAAUGCAUUAUGUGCAGCCAAUACCAGUUAAAUAUAUUGAUUGGCUUCGCCAUCAUGCCCAGCAGAUAGUUGCGGCAAGGCUUGGAGGAUCAGGGGCACCACUCAGGUGUGAAACAGUUGAGUACAUGCUGGAUGUAGAUUCCCAUAUGUGGAGUUUGAGGAGAGGCAAAGUCAGUUUCUUCAGACUAAUGUCAUUUCUUUCAGGGGUUACAGCUUGUUGUAAACUUAUAAAUGACAUUUCCACCUGGAGAAACCCAGUUACGACAAUUAUUGCGCCAGGGCACCCACCUCAAAUGGACGCUCCACUUUCACUCGCAGACGCGGCACACCCAGAUGAGCUGGAUGAGGAAUUGUAUACAGACCCAACAUCAAUACCUGAAGAAAUACUAAGAAUGAGAUAUGACAGACUUCGUAGCGUGGCAGGUAGGUUCCAGGCAGUGAUUGAAGAUUUGGCGUCACUUGGGGAAAGGGCUCAAGCUAUACUCAGCUGGAAUGACCCGAGAGCUACCGCUAUCUUCACCAUCUUCACGUUGAUCUGGGCAGUGUUUAUUUAUGUUACUCCAUUGCAAGUGGUGGCAGUUCUGGUUGGUCUAUACUUUCUGCGCCAUCCCUGGUUCAGGGGCAAGAUACCUGAUGUACCUGCCAACUUCUUUAAAAGAUUACCAUCCGAGUCAGACGGGCUACCAUGAUACAGCAACUGUGUUACUACAUUCUUGUAAAUGUCGAGAUAAAUCAUAGCUGCAGUCUGCAGAGGACCUCAAAUGAAGUUGCAGCAGUUCUCUUUUGUCCCUGCUAUCUUGCAUUAGCAGAAGAAGUUACUCUGCAAGAUUUCGCAGCACCAAUCGUUUCGUCAUCUAUGUAUACUUGUUUAUUUUUCUCCUUUCGGCUGAAUUUUGAAUGUUAUAUAUAUUGUCUUCCUCAGUAAUAAGCAACGUACUGAAGAUUAGCUAAAAAGAGAACAAAGCAAUCAUGAUAGGAGAAAAAAGAGUACAAGUGUUCUGCUCUAGUUGCUGUCCUUCUAGGCCAGUCACCAUCCAGCUUCCUUCCAUCAUCAACAUAUAUAUUUAAGAGAGGCAAAAACAAAGAGAAAGGGAGAGUAAAUAUGAGUUUUCUGGUCUGUAAAUAGUGUAUCAUCAAAACGUGAUCUGAAGCUCGUAUGCUGUCCGAUCGUUCUGAUUUUUGGACAUGUUGUUCAUGAGACACAAAUCUACAUUCUGAACGGUGAAGAUUGAAAUCUAAGUACUGUAAGACAGUCAAUUAUAGGUAA